CCAGAGCCCUCCAACACCACCUCUUUUCACUAUUGCAAAAUUGUAAAACCAUCAAACACCUAUCCCAAAUCCACACUCAAGUUAUCAUCAAUGGCUUUUCUCAGACAAACUUCAUUCUUGUCAACCUAUUAUCCUUCUACAUCACCUCUGGUAAUCUCAAAAGUGCAUCCCAAGUUUUUGAACAAGUCCAAAGUCCCAGCACCAAUGUUUGGAACCAAAUUAUCAGAGGCCAUGGCCGAAGCGAAAAACCGUGUAAAUCGGUGGAGUUGUUCAAUAUAAUGGGGAAAUCAGAAGCUUUGCCUGAUGGGUAUUCGUAUUCUUAUGUUAUUAAUGGUUGUACAAAAGGGGGCUUGUUGAGUGAAGGUCAAAUGGUUCAUGGGAAGGUUUUGAAACAUGGAUUCUGCUCAAAUGUGUUUGUUCAGACUAAUUUGUUGAAUUUGUACUCUUCUUGUGGAGGCGUGGAUGGCGUUAGUAAUGCGCGGUAUGUGUUUGAUGAAAUGGGUGAGAGAAGCAUUGUGACUUGGAAUUCAUUGCUUUUGGGGUUUUUUAGGUGCGGGGAUGUUGAUGGGGCACGUCAAAUAUUUGGUGAGAUGCCGGAGAGAAAUGUGGUUUCUUGGACGACCAUGAUUGAUGGAUGUUUGGGAAAUGGGAGGUGUAGGCAAGCAUUGGCUCUGUUUCAUCAGAUGCGCAGGGCCCAAGUGGAACCUGAUCAGGUUACCUUGGUGGUGCUGCUCUCAGCAUGUGCUGAAUUGGGUGAUUUAAAUUUGGGGAGAUGGAUUCAUCGGUAUAGCUUUGAGAUUCUGAGCGAUGGAAAACAGCCAAAGCUGCUCUCAUUGAACAAUGCGUUGAUUCAUAUGUAUGCUAGCUGUGGUGUAACGAAUGAAGCUUAUAGAGUAUUCAAAGAGAUGCGACAGAAAACAACAGUUUCUUGGACUAGUAUGAUCACAGGCUUUGCAAAACAGGGGUAUGCAAAAGAGGCUCUUAAAUUAUUCCACGAAAUGGAUAGGUUGAGAGAAAGCAAUGUUAAACCUGAUGAAAUGACAUUCUUGGGUGUGUUGUCUGCUUGCAGCCACACUGGUCAUGUUGACCAGGGAUGGCUCUAUUUCUGCAGUAUGAGUCAAACAUGGGGUGUUGAACCAAGGGUUGAACAUUACGGGUGCAUGGUUGAUAUCUUGAGUCGAGCUGGAUUAUUAGAUGAAGCAGUUGAGCUUGUUAGGACUAUGCCUAUGAAACCAAAUGAUGUAGUCUGGGGUGCUCUUCUUGGUGGCUGUAGGAUUUAUAAAAAUGUGAAACUUGCUUCUCAUGUGGAUAAAAUGUUGGACAUGGAGCUUGAACCUGACAGAGCUGCAGGGUAUUGCAUGCUCUUGUCAGAUGUAUAUUCUACCGCUAGAAGGUGGCAGGAAGCACAUACUGUAAAACAGAAGAUAGUAGAGAUGGGAGUGAGAAAGCCUUCAGGUCGAAGUUGGGUUCAGAUAAAUGGAGUCCUUCAUGAUUUUGUGGUCAAUGACAGAACGCACAAGCAUUCACAUUUGAUCUAUGAUAUGCUUGGUUUGAUAAGGAAAGAAAUGAACUUGCAUGGUUACUAGACGAGCACUACAGAACUCUCUCCUGGACAUUAUCAGAAUCAGGACAAUCAAUAACUGACGUUGGCUUGGACUGCAUUUACACAAUCAGCUCUGAAUUUUGAGUUGCAUCUUUGUCUCACCUUGCCAAUCAUCAACACAAUUUUUCAGAAGUUUUUGCAUUUUAGGGUGACCGUGAAUUCCCUAUUGGGUGCUAGGAAGUUGUGUCUCCAUCACCUAAUUUUGCAUCAAAACCUUGGAAGAGAACUUAAGUGUCACCUUCAGCACCCUCAUAGCAGCAAAGCUUUGACAAAACAACUAUGGAAUCAGUGGAGAAUAUAGGUGUCUAACUGCAAGGAUUUUGAACUUUUAGGAACAACUGGCUGCAACUGUCCCUGUUCCGAAGGUGCAUAGUCUCCUUAAACCUGCCAAGACGUUCAUAUACUGAUUGCUAAGAACCAGGUGCGUGAGGAAUGGAGUAUCUAAGAGAUAUAUUUCUCCCUGAAUUAUUUCUACAAGAGUGAUUUCUA